AUGAGAUGGCAUGCAGAGCAUACAAUGGGAGGAGAAAUUACUCAUCCGUCCGAUGCAAAAGCGUGGAAACAUUUUCAGUCAGUGUAUCCUAAUUUUGAAUAUGAGCGACGGAAUGUAUAUCUCGGCUUGAGUACAGAUGGUUUUAACCCUUUUGGGAAGAAUGGGAGGCAAUAUUCGGUGUGGCCCGUGAUCGUGACGCCUUAUAAUUUGCCUCCGUCUUUGUGCAUGAAACGAGAGUUUUUGUUUCUCACCAUUCUCGUUCCAGGUCCAGAGCAUCCUAAGAAAUCACUUGAUGUGUUCUUGCAGCCACUUAUUUAUGAGCUACAAACAUUAUGGGUGUAA